AUGAGGCUCAGGAUCCCCAACCUUAUUUCGCAACCCAAUGAGGUGCCAAUCGUAGCAGAGACUGCCACCGGCAGCGAUGUUGAGGUGGCCAAUUCUCAGGAGAUGGAUGAGAAGGAUAGACCGCGGACCCAGGUGACCAGCAAGCUCGAAGAAGAUUGUGUUUCUCCAGAGGUGCAACACGGAGUCCAAAUCGCCCAGGCGAUCAACCAAGUCUGGUCUCGGGAGCAUCUGAUAGCUGCAUACAUCAUCAUUUGGGUCAUCAAUUUCAUCCAGGGCUUUGGCAGCGGCAUCACAGGUCUGACCUCCUAUCUGAGUCUAGCAGAGAAGCAAGCUAACAUCUUAUUCUUGCANGGCACAUUGACUCCAUACGUUACCUCCUCGUUCCAGCAGCAUAGUCUCACAGCCACCACGAGCAUCAUUUCAAGUCUGAUUAGUGGCUUAUGGAAGCUUCCUUAUGCUAAGAUCCUCGAUGUCUGGGGCCGACCUCAAGGCUUUGCACUCAUGGUUGCAUCGACUGUACUCGGAUUCGUCAUGAUGGCUGGCUGCAACAACGUCACAACCUACUGCGCUGCUCAGGUCUUCUACCAACUCGGCUACAGCGCUAUCGACUUUACCAUCACUAUCUUUGUUGCUGAUACCUCGUCGCUCCGCAACAGAGCUUGUAAGAGAGUCUUUAUUUUCACCUUCAUGAACAAUGCUGACUGUUUUCUGUUAUANGGGUGGAUCGCAUACACCGCAUCCCCUUGGCUCAUAGUGACUUGGUGCUACGGACCAGCAACCAACUCUGUUCUCGAGACCAUUGGGUUCAGAUGGGGCUUCGGCAUCUGGGCCAUCGUCUACCCUAUCGUCUGCGCCCCUUUGUUCUGGCUCAUGUGGCACAACAUGAAGAAAGCUGAAAAGCAAGGUCUCAUCCCUAAAUACGAGAGCGGACGUAACUGGAAAGAGUCUGUCUACUACUACGCAGUUCAGUUCGACGUUGUUGGUAUACUCCUCAUCGCCACUGGACUCUCGCUAUUCUUGCUUUCUUUCAGCUUGUACUCGUACCAAGCAGAACAGUGGAAGUCUCCUAUGAUUAUCUGCUUCUUGGUGUUUGGCAUCAUCCUCAUGUUCACCUUCUCUUUCUGGGAAGCCAAGGUCGCUCCAGUGACCUUUAUUCCCUGGCAUUUGAUGAAGGACAGAACUGUGAUCUUCACCUUUGCUAUGGUUGCUGCCAUCUACUCUGGAUACAACGUCUGGUACGACUACUUCUACAGUAUGCUCAUCGUUGUAUUCAACACGAAUGUCCGCGACGCCACUUAUAUUCUCAACAUUUACACCAUUGGAGCGACUUUCUGGUGCCUGGUUGUUGGCGUUGUCAUUCGCUACAAUGGUCGCCUCAAGUGGAUCGCUCUGUACUUUGGAGUCCCCGUCAAUCUCAUGGGUGUGGGUCUCUUGAUCUACUUCCGCCACCCAGACACCAACAUUGGUUUCAUCGUCAUGUGCCAGAUUUUCAUUGCCUUUGGCGGCGGCACCCUCGUCAUCUGCGAACAAAUGACCGUCAUGGCCGUCAGCACCCAACAAAAUAUCCCCGCCAUCCUCGCCUUCGAAUUCAUGAUUGCCAACAUUGGCUCCUCCAUCGGGUCCGCCAUUGCCGCAGCAAUGUGGACAGGACUCUUCCCAACCAACCUCGCUAAAUAUCUACCUGCCUCUGCUCUCCCCGAUUUGCAGAGUAUCUAUGGGGAUUUGACUGUGCAGAGUUCGUAUGCUAUCGGUAGUCCUGAGCGAGAUGGGAUAAACAAGGCGUAUGGGGAGACGCAGAAGUUGAUGUGUGUGGCGAGUACUUGUUUGUAUGCGACCAUUAUCGUGUGGGUCAGUUUGUGGAGGGAGAUUAAUGUCAAGGGGAUGAAGCAGACUAAAGGGUUGACUAUGUAG